AUGACACUGACACCCAAUUCAAUGGCACCUCUCGUCGACGCGCCACAGGAGCUUGCGCCUGCCCGGGACAAGAUGGCGAAUGAACAACAAGUCUCGAAGAAGCGCAGGUACGCCAGCGCCAUCAUAGCUGUGGUCGCGGGGCAAGAUGAGAGAUCUGCGACAUUCCAUGUGCACGAGGACUUGUUACGCGAGCAUUCCCACUUCUUCGACGCUGCCCUGAAUCAUCAAUGGAAAGAAGCUCAGGAGCGGAAGAUUACGCUGCCCGAGGACAACCCGGAUGUGGUCGACGUGUAUGUGCAGUGGCUGUACGGUGACACUGUCAAGGACGCUUUGACCAAAACGUUGGGUGGGCCGCGCAGGUUCCGAAGCGCAGUCUGGGCAGUGGCCUAUCUCUUUGGCGACAAAAUCCAGGACCGCCCAUUCUCAAAUGCUGUAAUGGAAGCUUGGACGCUGUCCAUUGACGAGCCACUGGACGACGGACUUCGAAGAUAUGUCUCUGCUGGGUGCGUCAGGAAGGUCUACAAGCACACAACUUCUGGCAGCCUCGUGCGCCAAUUCCUCGUGCACAUCUGGGCUCAUUACCGGAUACUCAGAUGGAUGAAGGAAGGCGUGGACGAGGAUCACCUGCUCGACUGCCCAGAGUUUUUGCUGGAUCUUGCUCGGGCCACUGUGACAAAAACCGACGAAUCGCACCAAAGCUUGUUUGAAAUGCGUGAGAAGUGGCUCUACGACGUCUGA